GUGAAAAUAUCGCGGGAAAAGCAAAUAUCAAACUGAAAAAGAAGAUAGAGUCAUUUUCGAGCUUCGUGUAGUUACCAGCCCGAUCAUAAUAGAUAUGACUUCAGUUUCAGAAGAGGAUCUCGUUGAAGAGUUUGAUACGUUUGACAUAGAUCUGACACAGCCAGAAGUCAUCGAUAAAUUGAAGGAACUAUGCAUUGUACAUCGCUUGGAAGCUGCCAAAAUGGCUGCAGAGUGGAUGGCAUUCUCGUGCUCAGCAAAGAGAAACUUAAAUCUUGACCUAGGAUCUUUGGACUUAUUUGAAAGAGAGCGUCUCUCAAAGAAGGCCAAGGCACCUAAAGCUGUUCCCUCCAAGAAAGGUCCAGUGCUUUAUGACAUCAAUACCAUAGAGGAUGGUGGUGAGGUAACACUGCUGUACGAUACCUCAUUCAUCUAUUCAAAUGACACACUACUUUACUUUGUUCAGGGGAACCUGCCACAGAAACGCCAACACACACCUGAGAAUCUCCCAGUGAAAAGGUUCAGCAAUGCCAUGCGAAGUCCUGUGCCAUUUUCCCCCCGAAGUUUCUCCCCUGCAACUGUUACCCCCUCACGGAAGUACUCAACUCGGACAAAUGCUGGUGAUGUUGUGUGUAGUUUUGGACCCACAGAUAAUGUCAGUUGGCAAGGUCAAGGCCAAGGAUGUUCGGUGGGACCUUUUGACACGACAUGUCAUCUCACCUCACAGUUCAAACACAUGUUCCAGAAACUCACAGACAAGGCUCACAUUCUGAAUGACAUGAUAGAAGACAUGUCUGCUGAGCUCCAGAACAAACAUGGCAUUGAGGAAUACUCUCACGUGGCACUCCCUAACCAGGACCAAGUUACGGUGUCUGGUAGAAUCGGCUGUGACAGUAAUGGUAAACUAAACGCCAAGUCUGUAAUCCUGGAGGGAUCGCGGGAGUCUUCAGCAGGGAAGUGUAUCCCACUUGACCUGUCCAGUCUCAAGGAAUACUCCCUCUUCCCUGGUCAGCUUGUUGCCCUUGACGGCAGCAACACCACCGGCCAGAAGUUUGUUGUCAGCAAACUGUAUGAGAAUUCCCCUCUGCCCCCAGCUGACAUCAAAGUAAAGCAAGAAAUCGAUGCACCUCUGAGUGUUAUGAUCGCAUCCGGCCCAUUUACGACCUCCGACACGCUGACCUAUGAACCCCUGGAUGACCUCAUGAAGUACCUGCAGAGGGACAGACCAGACGUUUGCAUUCUGCUUGGACCCUUUGUAGACGUCAAGAAUGAAGAAAUAGAGAAGGGUUCUGUUACCUGUACAUUUGAGGACAUCUUCCAGAGAAAUAUUGGCCAGGUGGCUGCCGUCACAGAAAGAAUGAAGUGUAAGCUCAUCGUGGUGCCGUCAGGGAGAGACGUUCAUCAUUCUGCUGUCUACCCUCAGCCCCCGUUACAGAUGAAUGUUAAAAACUUUGAGCCAAAGAAUGUGACGUUUGUCUCUGACCCCUGCACGCUACAAAUCAACAACACCGUGUUUGGGAUUACAUCUACAGAUAGUCUGUUCCACCUGGGUCAGGAGGAGAUAUCUUUCCCCCCGGGUUCUGCUGACAGACUGGGGCGUUUGGCCCAACACAUGCUCUGCCAACACAGCUACUACCCACUGUAUCCACCGCACGAAGACGUCAACGUUGACUACGACCACUUUGAAGUGUACGGACGUAUGCCAGUGACACCACAUGUUCUUGUCGUACCCUCAGAUCUGAGAUACUUUGUCAAGGACAUCAAGGGGUGUUGCGUGGUCAACCCUGGACGUGUAGCCAAGGGUCAAGUUGGGGGCACAUACUGCAGACUUGUGAUCCCCUCGACUGCCACAGACAACAAACAGCCCGUGUCUACCAUUGCUGCUCAAGUCCUCCGAGUGUAACUCACCUGAGCUGAACUGUUCUCUCAGUGAUGACAUUGUGGAUAUAAUCAACCAUUGCUGCACAUCUUCAAGUGGAACCACCUCAGACCUUAUCUGUUCAUACUCAGUGGGACAUGGUUCGAAGAAUAGACAGGAGAUACCAUUAAAACAGACCUCAUUUUAGAAUUCGAAAUGAUAAUGGCUCCAGGCUCCUGGCUGUGUGGUUCCUUUUUUCAGUAUCAGACACAUGUCGAUUUAAAAGUAAAUGGUGUGAUAUAUUUAACCCAUUGUCAGAUUUAUCUUUCUUACCAUAAUUUUUCAAACAACAAAUGGCUUCAUUAUCAUCAUAAUUUAUUCACAAAGCUCACCACACAUGUUAUAUGUAAAUUGGCACGCUCUUGUGGCUGAAAACUAUAUAUACACAAUGCCCUUUAGAAAGUGAGAAAGUGUAGUCCUAAAUAUGACGUGUUACAUUUGACCACUUUCUAAAUGGCAUUGUGUAUUCAAGCUUUCGGUUGCUGGAGAAGUACACAGAGCCUGUGGUCUAGACUACCAGUUGUCCGACUUCCAUUUUUGGGGCGGUGGCUCAGUGGGUUGGAUGUUGACUUUGUUUGCUUUGUGUGCGAUUAGGUGCCUGACUCUGAGGGUGUGGUUUCAAAUCUCUGAUGGGACUCAACCCAACAAAUGUACUAGAGUACUGAGAAAGUGUAAUCCCAAAUAUAACAUUUGUUUCUGGUUGUCGUUUUUGAUGCAGAUAUCAAUGCCCAGGAUAUUGUUAAAUGGAUUUUACAAGAUGCAUACUGUUGCAUGUAUAUUAACAUAGAUCUAUGUUUUCUAUUGGUUUUAGAAUACAGUGAUUGUUUUGCCAUGUGGAACUUGGAAUUGUAGUGUAGUUGAGCACAUUUUGUUGUACUAGUGCUAUGUAAUAUUUGUAUAUACAUCGUACAGUAAUCUGAUCUUUCAAGGUUAGAGCUACAAAUACAUUUUUUCUACUGAGAUGUAAGAAAAAAGUACCAAAUAAAUAUUUAUAUGUA